UAAUUAUUAAUCAUCAAAUGAAAUCGAGCAAGAAGAAUUUUAUGACAGAAGAAACUCCUUCAGGGUUUAAAGUUCCUGUAGCAAGGAAAAGAAGUGCUUUCCAGCUUGUAGGACCCUCUGCCAAAAAUUCUAGCUCAGUUUAUCGGCUUCAGAACAAGCCAAGUGGCUUCUCCAGGCAGAGAAUGAGGCUUUUAAACCUGAUUUGUAAGCUGGUUGAUGAUCCAAGUAGCUUGUCUAAAGGGGAUAAGAUCACUCUGAUGAACCAUCCUAUUGUUAAGGAUUUAAUUCGGUAUUCUGAGAUCAAUAAUUGCGGUCCUGGAAAUUUUUAUGUCCCAGUAGAAAGCUUAGUCGAAGCUGUCUUUCAAGAUGCUCCCUCUUGCAGGGAUGACACACAGCCUGGAGUUGAAGUCCUUUUCCAGAAAGUACAGACAGAGCAGAAACUUUCUACCCUAACUAGAAAUAAUAUAGAGAAUGAUGUGAAGGUAGAAGAAAAUUUGAAUUCUCAAGAACCCUUUCCUUCUCGACCUGAAGGUUUGGAGAAGAUUGGGUUUUACACAAGGGCUGAAAGGAGGGAAAAAAUUCAGAAAUAUCGCAAAAAGGUACAUAAAUGGCUACAUAAGAAGAAAUCACGUUCUUACCCUACCCAAAACGCGGGAUGUCUGAGGAAAAGAGAGAAAAAGGACACUUCUACCUCCUCCAAAGGGGUCUUUCCACAUGAUUCUUCUAGCACAUGUUUACACACCCCUAGCCAUGGCCACCUGCAGCAGUCUUGUUCGGAAGAGUUCUUGGGUAACUUUGAAUCUGAACCAACCAGUUUGAACCUGAAUGAUAUUGUUGCCCAAAUCUCGGGAAUCAACUAAAUUAAAUUACGUUUGAAAAUGAUUAUA